CUUCCUUUUCUUCCGUGGCCGCCAUUGAGAUUGGAGCGUGGUUCCUGGCGAGCCGUGAAUACUUUUAAAUAUGGCUUGUGCCCGACCGUUGAUCUCGGUUUACUCCGAGAAAGGAGAGACUCUGGGCAAGAACGUGGUUUUGCCUGCUGUGUUCACAGCUCCCAUCAGGCCAGAUGUGGUGAACUUUGUGCACACCAACAUGCGCAAGAACAGCCGCCAGCCCUAUGCUGUCAGUGAACUGGCAGGUCAUCAGACCAGUGCCGAGUCCUGGGGCACAGGUAGAGCCGUGGCCCGUAUUCCCAGAGUACGAGGUGGCGGUACCCACCGUUCCGGCCAGGGUGCCUUCGGAAACAUGUGUCGUGGUGGUCGCAUGUUUGCCCCCACAAAGACUUGGCGCCGUUGGCACCGUAAGAUCAACACGACCCAGAAGCGCUAUGCCAUCUGCUCUGCCCUGGCUGCUACUGCCCUCCCUGCUCUGAUCAUGGCCAAAGGUCACCGCAUCGAGGAGAUUCCUGAGGUCCCACUUGUUGUUGAUGACAAAGUUGAGGGAUACAAAAAGACCAAGGAGGCUGUGCUGCUGCUGAAGAAGCUCAAGGCCUGGAAUGACAUCAAGAAGGUCUACGCCUCCCAGCGCAUGCGUGCCGGCAAGGGUAAAAUGAGAAACCGCAGACGUAUCCAGCGCAAAGGGCCAUGCAUCAUCUACAAUGAAGACAACGGUGUAACAAAAGCUUUCAGAAACAUCCCAGGUAUUACACUGCAGCGCGUGACCAAGCUGAACCUCCUGAGACUCGCCCCCGGUGGUCACAUCGGCCGUUUCUGCAUCUGGACAGAGAGCGCUUUCCGCAAGCUGGACGACCUCUAUGGUACCUGGCGCAAAGCUUCCUCCCUCAAGGUGGACUACAAUCUGCCAAUGCACAAGAUGUCCAACACAGAUUUGAGCAGACUUUUGCAGAGUGAGGAGAUCCAGAAAGCACUUCGCGCACCCAACAAGAAGAUUCAGCGCAGAGUUCUUAAGAAGAAUCCUCUGAAGAAUCUCAGAGUGAUGAUGAAACUCAAUCCUUACGCCAAGUCAGCACGCCGUCAUGCCAUCCUUCAGCACAAACCCGAAAUUAAGGCUAAAAUGCUGAAGCCUAAGAAGGUGAAGAGGGUGAAGAAAGUCAAGACACCUGCCGCAGCUCCUGCAGCUCAGUAGAGCUUUUUCCUACACUGCAAAUCUGCCAAUGGUUUCAGACAAUAAACAUUAUCAAAGCGAAA